CGCCUGGGAGUUGUAGUCUCCGGCAGCGCGGCUUCGAAGUCCGUCCCCGUCCCUCAGCCUCCAGAUCCUGACUGCCGGCCUCGGGCAGAAGUGGGGACUACGCGGGGCCGAAGGAAUUCUCCCGGGGCCCUUCUGCUCAGGAAUGAAGCUGAGGACGGGCAGCAUCUCGGGGAUGCUUCAGACUCUGCAGAUGCCUUGGCUUAGAGGACCUGUGGGAUGUGUGGAGAAGGAGAACUGGGGGAGAGCCAGGAGAUCCGUGGUGUUUUAGACACUGUUCCAUCAGUCUGGGUGAAGGAAGGAGCAUGUGGAGAAGAACUCGGGCCACCCAGGUUGGACAUGGCGCACGAGGGAGUCUCUACCUUUAUUGGGCUGACUUCUCAGUUGCUGCUGUCCUUCUGAUAGAAUGUGACUUCCAUGCUGCAAGAGCCUGGCCUGAGCUGUUCAUCACUCUACCCUGAAUGCUGAACACAGGGACCCAGCUACCUGUGAGAUGAAUGAAGGAAACUUACAGAUCCAUCCUGUUCGUCAUAGUCUCUCGCAUCAGUAAAGGGUGGUUCUCAGCAAUAUGUUCCAUGUAUCUGAGCAUAACCAUCAUACCCCAGCCAACGAAGGAAUGAUUUCUGUUGAUGGGGCAAUAGGGACGGUGAUCCUCGCUCAGGCUGGAAUAGGGACUGUGGGGAAUGUCUCACUCCUUUGUCAUUAUAUCUGCUCUCUUUUUAAGAGGCAUGGAUUGAGACCAAUUGAGCAAAUAAUCAACCAUCUUGCUUUAGCCAAUACUUUGACCUUAAUCUGUGGAGCAGUCUCUCCAACAUUGGCAGCCUUUGAGAUGAAGUAUUUCCUAAGUGACAUCGGAUGUAAACUUGUCUUUUAUUUUCACAGAGUGGCCUGGGGAACCUCUCUCAGCGUCACCUGCCUUUUGGGUGGCUUUCAGGCCUUAAGUAUUAACCCCCCGAACUCCAAGUGGGCAGAACUCAAAUUCAAAUCCCAGAAGUAUAUUACUACUCCAUGUAUCCUGAGCUGGAUGUUUCACUUGCUGGUCAAUGUCAUAGUUCCCAUGAGAAUGACUGGACAGAAGAAUGGCAGAAAUGUCAGUGUGAAAUCAAAUCUUGGCCAUUGCUCUUGUCUGUCCAUUAACACAAUUACAGAAUCAAUCUGUUCAGUGAUUUUCUCCUCUGUUGAUGUUGUUUGUUUGGGAUUCAUGAUAUGGGUCAGUGGAUCCAUGAUACUUUUCCUUCACAGGCACAAACAGCAAGUCCGAUACAUUCACAGCACUAGGCAACACUCCCCAGCAUCCCCCGGGACCAGAGCCACAAAAUCUAUCAUGUUACUUGUGAGCGCUUUUGUCGUCUUUUAUUUUCUCUCUUCUGCCUUUGAGAUGUAUGCUUAUCUUUUUGACAAUCCACAGUUGUGGCUUGUGAACACCAGUGUGGUCCUAGCAUCUAGUUUUCCAACCCUUAGUCCCUUUUUGCUCUUAAAGAGUAACACCCAUGUCUCUAGCCUCUGCUCUUCCUGCUGAGGAAGUUGUAGAACUUACUCAAUUGCUGACAGCAUUAUACUAUUUUCAUUCAUCCAUUUGUUGCCUCAUUCUAUGAAGUACCUUCUCUGAAUCAUUCAUGUUUUAGACAGAGUAGUGGGCUGCUGCUGCUGCUGCUGUGUCGCUUCAGUCGUGUCCGACUCUGUGCGACCCCAACAGAUGGCAGCCCACCAGGCUUCCCCGUCCCUGGGAUUCUCCAGGCAAGAAUACUGGAGUGGGUUGCCAUUUCCUUCUCCACAGUAGUGGGCAGCAAGGGUAUAUGCUCCAAUAAAGUCUGUAGGUGAAUCUUGACAUCAAAUAAGCAAUUAUAUGUAAUUCCAGAUGUACAGGUUUCUGCCAUGAGGAGCUUGGGAUAGUAUGUUUCAGGAUCUUGGAAGGCUUCCCUUUGCAUCAGCAGUUUAGGCUACUUCCUGAAUAUUCUGGAGGAUGUCGUCAGCCAUAGAGGAUAUUCUAGGCAAAUGGAAAAUUAUGUUGGAACACCAUUUGCAAGAAGGAACACAGGACAAAGAACAAAGACUUCCCUGAUGGUCCAGUGGUUAAGAAUCCACCUUCCAAUGCAGGAGAUGCAGGCUGGAUCCCUGGUUAGGGAACUAAGAUCCCAUAUGUUGUUGUUGUUUGGUCACUAAGUCAUGUCCCA